AUGGAGAGGGCGACCGCGACUGCGACCGCGGCGGGGACGUCGAGUACAAAGACGCUUGAAUUGCGCGACUGGGAUCUGAACCUCUCGUCAGUGCUGGAAGUGUCAUCUGAUGAUUCGCGAGAUGUUGGUGGCUCUGAGCCCCUGACGACAACUCCUGUCCGUUUCUUCCAUUUCCGUCUUGCAAAGAACAGCAACGCGCCGACCAGAAAGAGCAGGGCUAAAGUGGCUCCGGCGCUCACGCCUGCGAUGCCCCCCUUUGAUAGACCCGAGGAGCUGCUGCUACCUGCUGGGAUCACUGGGAUUGUGUUCGACGCUGAACUCGCCUCUGGGAGAGUCGCCGUCGUAUCCACACUCGAGGUCGUCGUUGAAUCGGACGAAGCGGCGGACGUAGUCGAAGAACUUAAGCUAGUCGACGAACUUGACGUGGCGGAAGAAACGGAGCUGGUCGAGGGACUGGGGCUGGUCGAAGAACGUGAGCUUGCCGACGAGCUGGAGCUGGUCGACGAGCUUGAGCUGGCUGUUGAACUUGUGCUGGUCGACGAAGUUGUACUUGACGAGAUACUCGGCAUCGACGUCGGCGUCGGCGUAAAUGUUGUCUUCUUGAAAACGGCGGCGCUCUCAGAGUUGCUCGAGAGCUUCGCGCCCACCAAGUCCUCGUCCGGGCAUCCGUCGUCGCAAGCAUCGGAAGAACAGCAACCUAAGAAGGGGCGAUCCAAGUCAAAGCACGUGUACCACUUCCCCUUUGGAUUGAGGCAUUCCUGGUCUUUGAUGCCUGCUCCUUUGCUCUUCUUGAAGCUGGAAUACGUGACAUUGCUCGCAGGACAGAUCUUGUACAGUCAAAGUCAGUCUUGGACUUAUCCAAGGAAGAACAUUUGA